AUCGGAAAUCAGCGUGCGUGCUCCGUAUUGACCAGCGGCACCGAGGAUAAACUUCGCACGGAAACCGAUUCAAAGUCAGCUCGGCGGCGACACACCAGCGGCUUGUGUUUGUUGUCACGAGAUGUGCUUCCUCCAAAAAAGGCCGAAAAGUAAACAGAAAUCGAGGUAGUAGCGAACGGCGGCUGGAGGGAUGAACAGACACCAAUGGACGACUAGCAUCACCUCGGUUGAGCCGUUAAACCGAGCCCGAAUUGUUUGAUUUUUUUAAGAGAGCUCACAAAGACAUCCAACGGAGAGAGAGGCGAAGACAAAAUGGAGAUAGUGUGUUUCCGGUUACCGGGCCACGGGGACAAAACCCUGAAGCACAUGAACUCGCUGAGGUAUCGCCAGCAUUUCUGUGACAUCACCAUCAUUGCCAGCAACAACCAGAUAUUCAGGGGACACAAGGUCGUGCUGGCUGCCUGCUCACCCUUCCUGCGGGACCAGUUCCUCCUCAACCCGUCACCCAAGCUUCAGGUGUCGAUGCUGUACAGCUCCUCAGUGGUGUGCGACCUGCUUCAGUCGUGCUACACCGGCAUCCUGCAGUUCAACCCAGAGGAGAUUGUCAACUACCUGACUACUGCCAGUUACCUUCAGAUGGAGCACAUCGUGGCGCGCUGCAGAGGAGCGCUCGAGAAAUAUGUGCAGCUGAAGAAUCCCGGUCUACCAAAGAUGGCUGCAGAGGAGAGCCAGGCCAGACCGGUGAUCAUCAGCGGCAGCAUGCAUUCUGUUGGGUCGCCUCCCCAGAGCCGACCUUCACCUGCGCAGCCACACAGUCCAGCUGUACGCUCAGCAGAGGAGAACAACGAUGAUAUCUCUGCUCAGGGCAGCAGUCAGCCCCAUGACAGUCCUGUGCUGGAUGAUCCAUGUAUCAAGGUUCCUGGAUCAGAUGAGGAGGACGAGGCCAGACAGGAGGACUACGACGUGUUCAGAGUUUACAUCUCUGAGGAAGAGCAGAUGAACAGAGACAGAGAGAGAGACAAAGGAGCUCACGCUGAUGGGCCUCAGGAUGCUUGUUACCCAGAGACAGAAGGAGUUUUGAUUGGAGAAGGCGGUGAAUACGACUUCAACCCCGUAGAAGAUCUCAGCUCUGGAGGACUUUCAGCCGAGACUCUCCGUGCUUUCAGGCGCAGACUGUCGGACUCUAAGAUGGGCCGGGGCAGAGGAAAGGGCAGGGGGAGAGGUUUUAAAAGGAGAAGGUGGGUGUCAUCUCAGGAGAAAAGACCUUCUGCCUUGGCUGCGCAUCAGGAUUUAUGGUACCUCACAGCUGCGGGAUUGGGAGGGGGUUUUGGGCUGGACUUCAGCCAAGAAGGACUUAAGACAGCAGGUUACGUGUCCGUUGAACUUCCACAGUUAGACUUCGGCAUGGGCGAUGCUUCUGGGGAAAAGGUCUCACCAAUGGCAGCAAACAGUUUGAACCAGUUUUCCCUGGAGGACUCUAGUUGCAGUGCAGGUGAAGGGGGUUCAGGGUUAAACGCUGUUGGAGCAAACGAGGGAGGGGACGAGUCCGUCGCUGUGGUGGGGUCUACUUCCAGUGUAGUCGGCCCAGUAAUCUGUGAGCACUGCGGCAUGACUUUCCCAUCAGCCCACUCCCUGGCCGUCCACUCCCGCUCCACUCACCUGCUGUACGCCUGUCCCUGCUGCGGCAAACACUUCCACCACUCGGUCAACCUCACCCGACACAUGGCUGUGCACCAAGGAGCCGGCAAAACGCACCAGUGCCCCCUGUGCUACAAGACUUUCACUCAGAAAUCCACCCUGAUAGACCACAUGAACCUCCACAGUGGCGAGCGGCCGCACCGUUGCGCAUACUGCCACGCCCGCUUCGCCCACAAGCCGGCCUUACGACGCCACCUGAAGGAGCAACAUGGUAAAACCACGGGGCAGAACUCCCUACAUGAGCAGGAGGAGAGGGAGCGGGCGAACGGAACAGCUGGGAGGAUACGAGAGGAGGAGCAAGAAUGUCUGGUUACUGAACAAGUGUCAUAGACCAAAGCGUCGUAAGACCUGAAGCUCUUCAGGUUUGACAGUUUACUUCAGUUAGAUUUGGACAAGCAGUCCAGUGAUCAGUCUGUAGGGUCCCAAUGUGGAUAUUAGGAAAGCGCUAAAAAUGACUGUGAUGCCUUUAAAUUCUCUGACUGCCAACAUAAGAGCUCUUAUAAAUGAAAUGUGUUAGGUUUUUGCAUAAAAAUGUGAAUACUAAACAAUGGCUGCUUUUGAAAUGACUGAGACAUCAGGCCAUUUUUUAGUGACUUACUGACUUGUCAUAGAAGGAAAACAGAGGUGUUAACAUUAUUGAUGGCUCUAUUUAAUUGUUGCCCCUGUAAGCUGAAUCAAUAUGAAAGAUACCAAGACCCUGAAACCAAAGCCAAUAAGUACAAUUUAAUCAUACUUAUUUUUAAUAUUUACAGCUGUGUUUCUCCGACUGUGUCAACUUAAAGGCUUGAUUUUAACAUCUUAAGAACAGUUUGACUCAGAACUGUAAAUAAAAGAAUCGAAAAGUGUCCUCUCUGCUUAGUUGCCUGUGUGUUAGUUCUUGUGCACAGGCGUUUCCACAUAUGUUGCCUGAUUGGACCUCAGACUGAGCCUGAGAAACAUCUCUCAAUAUGCUUUUGAUGAAGAUGUGUAAAAUAUGUGAAGGUCUGAUGUGACUUAUUCCUCUGUUGCAAAACAUUGUUCAGGAAAUAAAGUCUGAAAGUGUGAACA